AUGCGCCGCUGGGCUUGGCUUUUGCCAUGGGCGGCCUUCGCGGAGGAUGUGGGAUGCGAGAGGCGAUUCUACGUGCUGAGCCUGGAGGCCGGGGCCAACAGCCCCACAGACGACAGAGGGGAGGCGGAGGUGCGUGCGCCCCAGCUGCGUCGGUGCAGCGUGCUGGCCUACGCUGAGGCUCUGCGCCGGGGGUUGGCCAGCAGCAAGUGCGCCGGCAGCCUCGAAGAAGCGGAGGUGGUGGUGGUGCCGGGGUACACCUUCCGCAACUGCCACUGGCCCAGCUACGGCCAGGGCUGCUCGGACGCGAAUGUCUUCCGGGCUGGGGAGGAGUGCUACGACCCCAGCGCUGUGCAGAGCUACGGCCUGCUGCGGGACCACCCCGACUUCGGGGGGAAGGCCCUGGCUCUGGUGGAUGCUGGGGCGUCGGUGCUCAAGGCAUGGCUUGCGGACGUCUACAGCGACCCCCGCUUCAUUCUGCUGCGCCUGGGGCCAGCGCUGUGGUUCCAUCGCGCGGGUGUGGAUGUGUCGCUGCCACCCGGGCCCACGCCCAGGUGCUCUGGUGCCGCAGCGCAGCACGCGAUGGACGAGCCUCUGUCAGCGAGGCGCUACCUAGCCAGCUUCAAGGGCAAGCUGCGGAACAACGCCGCGCGUGUGGCGAUGGCAAAACUUCACCACAACGACCUUGACGUGAUUGUUGUGGACCGGUUGGACGACAGCCACGGGUAUGAGGAGCUCCUGUACUCUUCCGUCUUCCCCCUGAUCUUGGAGGGCGACAUGCUCCAGACCUUCCGCUUCACCGAGGCGGUGUGCAGCGGGGGCAUCCCGGUGCUGGUGACUUCUAGCCAGGUGCCUCCCUUGCAGGAGCUGGUGCCCUUCGAGAGCUACGGGGUCCUUUUUCGCGAGGAGGAGCUGCCCUCGCUGGUGGCACGGCUCAGAGCUUUGGACGGCCUGACGCGGGCGCGGCUGCGCGAGAGGGCGCUGCAGGUUUGCCGGGCACACUUCAGGACGCUGGAGCUGCAGGCCGCCUCGGUGGCCUUGCAGCUCUCCCGGCGCCCCAGAAGCCAGGGCCGAAAGGAGGCAUGCGGCCACGGCUUCCACGCUCUCAGCCUCACCGAGACCGAGGCCAUGUGUCCAGAGCUGCGGGCGUGCCAGGUGCCACGGGCAGCCCUGGACUUCCAUGAGUCCUUCCGGAAGCUCAAGAAUGGCGCCUGCAUGGCACGCCUGGAGGAGUCGCACGUGGUGCUGCUCCCCGGGUACUCGGGCGGAGCCCGGAACCUGCCGGCGCGGCGUGGGCGCAGAUGCAGCGACGAGGAGAUCCUGGGAGCCUACAAUCGCCUGCUGUCUCAUGCCAGGCUCGACGGCAAGCUUCUGCUCCUGGCGUCUGGCUUCGGCGGCUUCGCUGAAGUGGGCGCCGAGGGCGUGGAGCCGUUCGCGUGGCUGCGGGUGCACCCCUCCCAGGAGAACUUCCGCAACGGCCACGACUUGUCGGUGCCGCCGGCGCCCACCGAACUUUGCUCCAGCGUCCAGGCCAGCCAGUCCUUUCUGGAGCCAUUGGCGGGGAAGCGCUUCCUGGUUAGCUUCAAGGGCCGGCUGGAUGGCCCUCUGCUGGACGGCCCUUUGUCGGCGCUCCACGACGGCUUGGAGGCAGUGGUGGUGGAUGAGGCAGAUGCCAGGUACAGUUCCGAGUACCUCCUCUUCAACUCGGCCUUCAGCCUCGUUGUUCCGGGCGAGGGCUCGCGCUUCAACGAGGCGGUCUGUUCCGGAGGCGUGCCUGCAGCCGUGGCCAACAGCUCGUGGGUACCACCUUUGGAGGGCUUCUUCCUUUUCGAAUCCUACGGCUUGCGGCUGACAGAGGCAGAGGCAUUUGGGGUGGUGCCCUUCCUGCGCUCCGUGCUGGCCGAUGUGGCGCAGGUGCAGCUUCUGCGCGAGAACGCGCGGCGGGUCUGCAGCAGUGCGCUGCAGACGCGGGAGAUUCAGGCGGCAGCGGUGCUGGCGGCGUUCCACCAGCCCAACCGAGGCUACGAAGAAAGAGUUGGCCAGCUACUGUUGCAGACCAUCUACGAUGAGGACUCCAAUGUGUUCUACGCACUCUUUCAAGAUCAGAUCCUCUACAAGGCGGUGGCCGGUCGGGCCAACACCUUUCAGUCGGUGUGGAUCUCCGUGGGGGCAGGGCCCUUUGCACCUCACCUGAUUUAG